AAUGCAUUUUCUUAACCCAAAAUUGAAGUCAUAUCCAAUUUUAAACAUAUAAGUUUUAUAAAAAAAUCCACUAAUCAUGUCUGUAACGAAUGAUCGGUUUUUGCUGUUCAAAAAUGCUGCAGAAGUUAUAAUAAAUAAAUGGACUGGUCUCAGACUGGCUGUAGAAAAUGGCAUGGGGGGACCUAUAGGAAUCAAAACUGCAAUAGAAAUGCUAGACUAUAUAACAAAAUUCUCUUUCAAUGAUGAUGUCGAUGCACAUGAUGUAGCAGAUGCGUUAGAAGAAAUAAUGGAGCAAGAGUUUUGUACAUAUUUAGAGGAUGAUUCACCAAAAGAAAUUGGAUGUGUGCUGAAACAGAUUGCUUUAUAUGCAAAGGAAGGGAACACUGCAGAAAUAGACAAAAUAUUAUCCAAAUUGCCUCCGGGACCUUUAUGGAUACAAGAGAAUGUGCCUAAUAAAAAUCCCAAAGUAUACCAAAAUGAUGGGGACUCUGAUGAUGCUAUGGAAGAAGAUAUGCCUGCUGUUUUAAGCACAAGUGGGGGAACAACAAACAUGAUUGAAGAGGAUUCAGAAUGGACUCAAGUUAAAUCGAGGAAGAAAAGGUGUUGAUAAUUAUAUUAUCCUAAUCUUUACAUAAUACAAAAAAGGGAAUAAAAAUAAUCUCAUCA